GAUUCUCUCGCCCAACGAUGUACAGUACUAAACGGUCAGUUGAUCUCCGUCGGUUGUACAGUUUGAAUCCUCAAAUGGCAGCCUGGAAACGCCCCGACCACAUUCCGUAUCCCCACGUUUGGCACACUUUCCGGGCCCGCGAUCCGACCAGUAAGCAACUAGUGACCUAUCGUGUACAAGAUCUACCACCGAACCGGCUGAACGAUGCGGUGGAUCACAUGUGCAAGUACUUCCUACGGGAUGAACCUAUUUGUGCAAGUUUGAACCUGACUCAGGAUCCGGUUGGCGUCUCGGAAAUUUCUUCGGUAUGGCGAUCGAUUGCGCAGCAACGUUGUAUCGUCGUUUGUUUCCAAGACGGCCGAGAUGACAUUGUCGGACUGAACAUGUUGACGGUGGUCUCCAGAAAUGAUCCGAAACCUAGCGUAAAGUUUCAAAGUUCCGCCGUACAAACCUUCGUCGACUGUACCAACUACAUGACGCAGAAAGCUAAUCUGUUCGAACGAUACCCUCAAAUGGACCAGUUCCUUUCCGCUUGGGGUUUAUCUGUGCAUCCGGAGUUUCGGGGAUGUGGACUUUCGACGGAGAUUCUUCGAGCACGUAUUCCGCUCUGCCGUGCGAUGGGAUUACGUCUGAGUGCAACGGUUUUCUCGCAUGCCGGGUCGCAAAUUCCGGCAGCGAAGGUUGGCUUCCGCGAUGUGGUGGUGGAAAGAUUUGCGGAUUUAGCCGCGAAAGGAUUCCGAUUUUCGGUGAACGUGGAUUCGAACAAGUUGAUGGCGUUGGAAAUUGAAGAGUGAGGAUUGGGUGUGAACCGUCUCGUUUAGAAAAAAAUCCAUUCAGUUUGAUUAGCUAGAACAAUAUUUAACAAAAAAUAAAUAAUCAUUACUACAAA